CUCGAACGGUGGUUCGAUGGUUGACUACUUUGGUCUGAUCGGCGCCGUUCUUGUCUCCAUUGCUAUUGACUCUUCUUUCAAUUCGUGAAACAUGGCGGCAACACCAGCAACAAACCCCUCACAAUUGCUCCCGCUUGAGCUGGUGGACAAAUGCAUCGGUUCAAGAAUACACAUCGUGAUGAAGACCGACAAGGAGAUUGUCGGCACGUUGCUCGGGUUCGACGACUUUGUCAACAUGGUGUUGGAGGACGUGACAGAGUUUGAAAUCACACCUGAGGGACGGAGAAUAACCAAGUUAGACCAGAUCCUUCUCAACGGCAACAACAUCACGAUGCUAAUUCCUGGUGGAGAAGGACCAGAAGUAUAAAAGUCUUCACUCUGAAAUAUGACAUACCUGUUUAAGUUUGGCAUCCAUGUUAGUCGACGAUCUUUACGUUUUACAUUUGUUGGUUGAGGAAUAUUUGUUAUGACUUUGUUGCAAAUUAAGGAGACUGGAUUUAAAUAUGACCAACAGUUAACCACAUUUGAUAUUGAGCACUUUUUGUUAUAAAUAAACUUUAAAACAAUA